AUAUAGCUAGGCGGAGGCGCAACAAGCUCCUUGAGCGCCCAAAUAAGUACAUUAUCUAGACUGUUUUUCAUUGGAAUCGUUGAAACUUAUUUAUUGUUUUAUAUCCUCGGAUUAACCGCGACGUACAAAGUGGACCAAAACACACAGUGACGGUGAUGGCGUGGUCAUGUGUGCAGCCAGCACCGUGUGUGUGGAAAUGGUUUUAACAGACGCUGUUUUGGAGGACUCAGGAACACUACACUGGCCUGGGGAAGCCUCAUAAAUACACAAACUACACAACGACAACAAAAUUUUGGACAAGGCAGAUAGACACACCACUGCUGUGCCGUGAGAAAGGACACAGACACUUUGACCCACAUUAAGACUUCUGACUCAGACGUUUGGAAAUCUACUUUUUCUCCUCAUUGCGUUGCUUGUGUGUGUCUCGUCUCUGCUGCCAUCAUGCCAAGCACCUUUCGUCGGCAGUUUAAGAACACGGUGAACAACUACUCCGUAGUAGAGAGGAAAGUCAGGGAGGCCACUUCCAAUGACCCAUGGGGUCCGUCGUCGUCGCUCAUGUCGGAGAUCGCCGACGCGACCUACAACGUUCAGAUCUUUGGCGAGAUCAUGGCCAUGAUCUGGAAACGACUCAAUGACCACGGCAAGAACUGGCGACAUGUCUACAAGGCGCUCACCCUGCUGGAUUACCUGAUCAAGACGGGCUCAGAAAGAGUGGUGGUGCAAUGCAAAGAGAACAUCUUCGCCAUCCAAACUCUGAAGGACUUCCAGUACAUCGACAAAGACGGCAAAGACCAGGGCAUCAAUGUUAGGGAGAAAAGCAAACAGCUGGUGGUCCUACUCAAAGACGAGGACCGCCUCAAAGCAGAACGGUCUCAGGCAUUGAAGACCAAAGAGCGUAUGGCCCAGGUGUCCACAGGGAGCAGUCAGAUGGGCUUUGGCCGAGGCUCAUCUCAGCCCAACCUCUCCACCUCCUACAGCGAAGAGUACGGCAGGUCGGAGGGUUCACCUGCUUCCUACCAUGGCUCUACUUCUCCCAAUAUGGGUUCAGAGCUGGAGCAGGCCAGACCUCAGACCAGUGGAGAGGAGGAGCUCCAGCUGCAGCUGGCUCUAGCCAUGAGCAGAGAGGCUGCAGAGCAGGAGGAGCGCAUUCGCAGAGGGGAUGACUUAAGACUACAGAUGGCCUUGGAGGAGAGUAAGAAAGAAGGUCCAGGCUCGGCAAAACUGCCCAAGAAGAAGAAAGAGCCUCAGUCGUCUUUGAUGGAUCUGAUGGACGUCCCAGAGCCGAGUUCUAGCACUGACCCUUGGGGUGCAGGGGCUGGGGCCGGGGCCGGGGCCGGGGCCGGGGCAGGGGCCGUGGCUGCAUCAGCGGACCCCUGGCAGCCCUAUGGCUCUGUCCCCAAGUCAGCAGCCCCAGUGGACCCAUGGGGCGCUCCUCCCUCUGUCCCCCCCAUGAAGAGCAGCGAUCCCUGGGCACCGAACUCUACCCCCGCCCCUGACCCCUGGGGCUCAGCAGCGAACCGCCCCAAGACCUCCAACACAGGAAGCUUUGACCUGUUCAGUACUUCCAAUGGUACGUCCAAAGAGGACUUCUCAGAGUUUGACAGUCUGCGCUCCUCCUCCUCUGUCCCCACUGGUGACGGGGGCAUAGCUUCCUCUAUUCCCUCCCAAGCCAGUCUUGCUAGCAGCGGCAGCUUGGACCUCUUCGACCCUCUGCCCACCUCCACAUCUACAUCUAUAAACCCAACCAGGAAGACUCCAGAGUCCUUCCUGGGUCCAAAUGCUGCCUUGGUCAAUCUGGAUUCUCUUGUGACCAAACCAGCUCAGCCUGCACCAGUCGUUAACCCAUUCUUGGCUUCCGCAGGCGGCGCCGCUCCAGCUGCAGCGCCCCAUGCCAACCCCUUCCAAGUGAGCCAGCCAACUCCCCCCACCCUCAACCAGAUGCGCGUCAGCCCCAUGCCCUCCGGUUUCGGCUCCAUGGCCGAGCCCAUGUCCUUGGCCUCCGUGCCCGCGCAGCCCAUCACCAUGGUCCCCCUGGCGGGAAUGGCCCCCAUGGGUCGCGUGAUGCCCGGCAUGGGGGUCGGCCCCGUGGGAGGGGGGACCAGCGUGGGGAUGAGCGCGGGCAUCCCGGCGUCCAUGUCCAUGCCGCAGCCCCUGAUGAGCAUGCCCCCCCAGGCCGGGGCGCAGCCGACCGGAACCACCAACCCCUUCCUUUUGUGAGGGGGAUGACUCGGGGACGAACGGCCCCAGAGUGACCCUCUCCUGUCUCUCUUUCUCUCUCUUCCACUUUGGCUCAAUAAGAAGCUUCAACACGAACAAGGAGAUGUCUUAUCCCGUUUAUCCCUUUAUAACUAACUCCGAGGCCAGGUCCAAGCUCCAGCCUGGCACCUUCCUACUGUACCUUACCCCAGACUCUUUUCUUCCUCUCUCUCUAUAAAUGCUUCAAGCUGCCUACUCCUGUGUGUUCCAUACUGAUCUGACGGUGAUGAUGUUGAUGAUGAUGAUGGCCACAAACAGACUAGACUUACAGAGCAGUAGUGGUGUUUACAGUUUUUCCACGGAAGCAGGACAGGAUCCGGUCUCUCCUCCUUUCAGUCUCUGGCCUCCUCUCCCUUCCUUCCUGUUCCCUUUUGUGGAGGAGUGACAGGAGAGUCUGACUAUACUAACGCCAGGAUCUGAUCUCUACGCUAGAGCUAAUCUUUUAUAAGCCCCAUCAGCUAGUGCGAGUGUGUUUGUAUGCGUGUGUGUGUAUGUGCACAUCUCAGUACUUUUACACUGUGUAUAUUCCAGUGGGAAACUCUCACACUGGAGUAGGAAUGAAAGAGAUGGUCAGAUGUGUUUAUACUUUGUGUGUUUGCGUGUUACUAAGCAGGGAUUUUGCACAAUAUUUGCUUUUGUUUUAUUUUCGUUCCUUUUCCGCGACUGUUGGGCUUCACCGUCACACCUUAGCUUAGGGAGGGAGGCUCGCCGCUUAAACGAUCCGGACAACACACACACACACUGCCUCGACUCUCGGUACCACACAGUAACUCCCGAUUCGGUAGUCGCUCCCUUCGCCUCGGACCGUUUACCCGACCCUCCGCACGAACUUUGACCCCCAGGGGUGACGGACACUAAUCAGAGAUGAACCCCUCGUUCUAGGAGUCGGGGAAAAGCUCGCAUUCGUACGUUAACGCUCAGAUACUAACAGCCACAUUUGGAUGUAUUUGUCGCUGGAUGUCCGUCUGUGUGUGUGUUUUCAGAGCAAAAGAUACAAACUGUGAUUGCAUCAGUAUUUCAUUAUCUGGAUUUUUACAUGCAGUGAGGCAUUGUGGGACUUAUUUUUUUUAAUUAUUAUUAUUUUCACUUUAUUUCUUUCUAGGGUCAAAGGGAAGAGAGAGGGCUAUGUUUAUGAGUUUGUGAGGUCCCCAUCCCCGUCCCCCUUUUUUUUUUUUUCUCACACAGAGAAGUGGAAGAGAGAGCCGACGUAGAAUUGGCUUAAAAAAAAAGUUAGUUUCUAAUGCUUGCGAGUCAAAAUAAAGAGUACAAUGUAAGCAUCUGCAGCCUUAAGUGUAUUUGUGUAUACGUGUGCGCGCAACCGUACGUCAAAACAGCGGAAAUGCAUCGACAGCGUUGCACACAAAGCUCUGAGUUUAAAGGGCACGCCAGCCACCGACAGAGUUUUCCUCUGAGUGGAUUUACUUCGGCUAAUCCGUCUGCAAGAACAUUAUCUCGUGGACGUACACACUCCUCCGCUCAAAAAAAAAAAAAGGGUUGUUCCUGGACCGGUCUAUUGAUAGCACCGGGAUUCCCACAGCGAUCAACAGCGAGACACGCCACGUAAACAAGCGGUUACUUUUUUCGUCGUUUUUGUUUAUUUACUCCUAGAUUAGAUCCGUAGGCGAUGCUGUGUGAGCGUCGGAGCUUCGUAACUAGCUUAAGCCACGUGUCAUCUCCGUUCUCUUACGUCUGUUUUUUUUCUAUCAUUCUGUCAUAGUUUAGAGUCUUAGAAGCACAACUGUUACCAAAGUCAUAGCAACUGUCAUUUGUCAACAUCAUACUUUGAGUUUUUUUUUGUUUGUUUUUUUUUUAAACAGUAGGGUCAUGCCUCACUGACAUAAUUUUGUUUAUACUGUAGAUGCUCGCGGUAUUAAGAUUUUAUGUUUUUCAGAGCUAUUUUACGAUUUGUUCAAGAGAUAGUAUGAGGAAGUGUUACUGAGCAGCUCAUUUACUGACAGCAGGCCGAGUGUCUACGUCUCCUCAGUUUGUCGAGAAAACACGGCUAAACAUGAAUCGCACCCGGUUGUAUAAAACCCUUCGUUGUAGGUCACUGUACUCCCUUUUUUUUUCGUUUUUUUUUCAUUUGUUGUUAUCACUGCCAAUGUUAUUAUCAUGAAAAAGGUGGGGUUUUUUCUUUUUCUGUUUUUGUUUUUUUUUUUCGGUGCAAGUUGGUGCGCUCUCCUGGUCUGCUGUGGUAUGAAAGCUACUCCACAGGACCCUUGAUAUUUCCACUAACUGCAGACCUCCAUUUCUCUCAGGCAAAAGGAGGGGCAGCUCCAACUGUGUGUAUGAUUUUAAUGGUGAUGAUGAUGAUGAUGAUGCUGAGGGUGGUGAUGAUUUUUAUGCUCUGGGGGGGGUUCCGAAUGAAUGGUUUUGGCAUUUACUUGCAGACCAGCAAAUAUUUUAAUCUCAACUAAAUAUAUGCAAAAAUUGGAGUCGGAUAAGUAAAAAAUAUAUGAAGACUUAACGCUGGAUGUUUUGCAAAUAGUCUUUUUUUUUUUUUUUUUUUUAUUCUCGUUCAAACAUGUCACUUUCUCACCGGCCUAGGCCUCGCUGCACCCCGGAGAAUUUUGUUACGGAUGCAUCAAAAAGGUCCGACUUGAACAAAUCCGACACUCCCAAACGGUCGGACGACUGUGCAGCUCGCAGAUGUUUGACGGUCGUAGUCGUGGUCGGUGCAGUGAAAUCGUGGCCUGUGCGUUACUCUGUACUCACUACGCUUUUAUCAAGAGGACUAACUGACUUUACGGACUGUCUUUAUACGCGUAACCCGCCUCCUUUAUUCUUUACCGUUUCUGUCUAUUUACCCUUGUCAUACUGUAGUACUGGGAGCAGGCUGCUUUUUUUUUUUUUUUUUAUCGGAUACAUGCUCAACCCUGGCAUUAUAACUGUAUAAUAUAAUUUAUCAUUUGUACUAUUGUAACAUACUGUUCUUCUGUAUACCUUAUUAUUCUGUGUAAUGGGAUUUUUUGUAGGAAAAGUCACCGUGGUAUUUUACCGGCAUCUAAACAAACGCAGCAGGUCGCACCCUGUUGGAUGUAGCUGCAUUGGUCAAAAUAAAAUGUGUAUCUCUUCAGCUCUGUUAA